GGAUCUUUCUACAAGCACAAGGACAUCGCUGUUAACCUACUUAGCCUUCUCCUUUACCCAAAGCAGAUCGUAAAUUCCCAAUCAUGAGUUCCGUAAAUUUUGAUACUAUUUUGGAGAAAAGCCACGAAUUGGAAGACCGAUUCCUUCGCGCUCCUAAAAGCGAUCCUGCUUUGCUACAAAAAAUCGUUGAAGAGCAAGAGCAUGUCCUUCGGUUUCCCUCUAUUUCAUACUCUGACUGUUACAGUCUGGGAGAAAUCAUCCGAAAACUAUACAGUGAAGCCAAGUACACAGCUCCUAUAGUGAUUGAUAUGGUUAUCAACGGCCACCAAGUCUUCCAUGCAGCCUUUGAUGGUAGUAGCCCUGAUAAUGAUGCCUUUAUUAAACGAAAAUACGCUACUGUCAAUCGCUUUCACAUGGCCAGCUUCCGCAUGGGCCUGAUGAUGACCCAAGGCGGUACGACCAUGUCUGGAAAAUACAAUGUUCCUGAAGAGGAGUAUGGGGCUUUUGGCGGUGGUUUCCCAAUUACUCUUUCAUCCGGUGUCCAAAUCGGUGUUAUUUGCGUGUCGGGGCUUCGUCAGGUUCAAGAUCACUGCAUCAUUGUACGUGCUAUUGCUCAGUUGCUUCAAAACAGACCAACUGCUUCCAACUAAGCACAACUUCGUAUGUGUGUGUUUAGAUGACAUGUUAUGAUUUACAAAAACCUCUCUACAUUCCUACCAGUACUAUCAGCUCUUUUUUGUUUAUACAGUCAUUCAUUUGAACGAAUAUAGACAAUAUGCUUAUUUUUUUCAUUUUUCUCUUGUGUAAUAUCAUUCGUUGCA